UAAAGCCGCACGCGCGGGACAACGGCAGCUUUGGACUGUGUGGUUUCAGUGGCGACGGUCACGGACUUGUGGUCGGGUUUCAGGCCGUGGGAGGAACUCGCUGACGUUAAUGUCUUCCCCUCCUCUGCGACCGCUAAACACCCAUGUGAAGGAUUGAAAAAACAUGGAUAAAAUUUUAGAAAACAUGGACAAGAUGUUGUCCCACCAUCCAACUUCUAUGAAGCAUGUAAAACGAAUUAAAGAAGCAGCAAAAGAACCUCUCGACCAUAAGCAGUGUAUGGCUAUGUUUGAGUUGUCUACAAAAUUCAUUCUGUCGGGUGACACACAGUUCCAAAAGGAUGUCGGCAAGGAGGUUCUAGAAGCUUUUGCCCAGAACCACACUGCAGAUUUUGAGAUUUUUUUCAAUGUAAAAUUUAUCUUGAAACUGUUGCAAGAUGGUUAUGGAACACUGAGCAAAAGGAGCAGUGAUAUUUUGGAGUACAUUCAUCUAGGGUUAAAAUAUAUUCAAGGUAAUACUUCUGUCGAUGAAACAUUUCAUGCCCUUCAGAUUGAGCUUCUCCGCAUAGUGUGUGAGAAACCUGGAUCAAAGCUCUGUGCCUGUGUUUGUAAACUACUUGCUGAAUAUCCUCAGUGCAUUCCUAAUGGAAAGUUUCAAGUGGUGUUCUGCCAGCAACUUGUUAGAUGUAUAGGCCAGUUCCAAUGCACAUCACAAGACGAAGAUGAAAUUGUGAAAUUCCUGGAUCAAGUGAACAAAGUAAGCGGAUUGUUCCAGCAAAUCUGGUGGACACAAACUACAGCUAUAAUUCCCACGUUGCGGGAGCUGUUCACUGUUACUUCAUCAACUGUCGGAUCUGAUGGGCCAUCAAAUGCAUUGGCCACUGUGGUCCAUUAUGUUCCAUUGGAAAUCAUGGAUGAGGUCAUUCAAAACUUGGCGAAUGAUGAUUGCAUCACAGAUGUAGAGAUGAAGACUGCUUUGACCAAUAUGAUUGAUUGGCUUUCUUGGCCAUUAGCCAAAAAUGCAGAUAAGUGGAUUAUUGGCUUACUGAAAGGUUUGGCUGCUGUGAAAGAGUUCAGCAUUUUGAUUCAAGUCACACUUUCAAAAAUUGAGCAGGUGUUCUCCAGGCUAUUUUACCCAAUUCUAAGACAAGGUGCACUUUCUGUGCUGAAAUAUAUGCUGUUAAGUUUCCAACAUUCACCGGAUGCUUUCCAUCUGCUUGUUCCUCAAAUUCCCAAAUUAAUGGCGUCACUCUCUAAAGAAAGGUCCAACUCUGGUAUAAGUUGUCAACAGCAACUGUCUGAAUUAGUACACUGCAUGAUCUUCCGUUUUUCAGGCUUCCCUGACCUCUAUGAACCUGUCAUAGAGGCACUAAAGGAUUUUCCCAUUCCAAACAAAGAAAAAAUAAAGCAAUUGCUCAACCAGAGUGCCUGGACAUGGCAAGAAAAUAAACUGGAACCGUUGCACCCAAAGCUUGUUGCAAAAUCGAAAACAGGAAAAACAGGAGUAACUAAUCUUGGCAAUACCUGUUACAUGAACAGUGUCAUUCAGGCCCUUUUCAUGGCUUCUGGCUUCAGGCAUGCUGUAAUGCUUCUCAAGGAUGGUGAUUCACAAUCACUAAUGAUGAAACUUCAAUGGCUAUUUGCUUUCCUGGAACAUAGUCAGAGACCAGCCAUCUCUCCCAGUAGCUUCUUGAAAGCUUCAUCUCCUCCAUGGUUUAACGAUGGAGCACAACAGGACUGUUCAGAAUAUUUAAGAUAUCUUUUGAACAGACUACAUGAAGAAGAGAUGACUAGUAAACGAAUUACACAUGGACAGAGACAUUCAUACAGUGAAACUCGGAUGGAUUGUGGAGAUCCAGGGAAAACAUUAAUAGAAAGAAUGUUUGGAGGGAAGAUGGUGACGAGGAUCCUUUGUCGUUGUUGUUGUAAUGUUUCCUUCUGUGAAGAAGCUUUUACAGAUCUAUGUCUAGCAUUUCCGCCACCUAAUAAGGUUCUACAAAGGUGUGAUUACUCAGUGAAGAUUACUGGUGCAGAUAACGUGGCAUCUCAAUUUAAGCAAAAGGACAUGACUGCUAAAUCUCCAAAUAAACAGACACAAACAAUAUAUAGAGAGCCUUCAUUAAGAAUGGUACCGUUUGAAAUAAUAGGUUCCCAUGGAACAACGAAGAAGGACGGGCCUUCACUAACUGGAGUAACAAAAAAUGAUUACUUUUGUCCUUUUAAUUCCAUGCCAAAGAAUGAUUUUGCAGUCGAUUGUGUGGCGAAAGCAUCUGGCUCAUCACGUUGUAAAUCCGUGUCUGACCUUAUUAACUACUUUCUUUCACCAGAAAUGCUAUCAGGUGAUAAUAGAUAUUACUGCAAUAAAUGUACCUCUUUACAAGAAGCAGAAAAAGUUGUGGAAUUAACUGGGAAUCCGCACUACCUUAUCUUGACUUUAUUACGAUUCUCCUUUGAUCUCGUAACUAUGAAGCACCAAAAAAUUUUAGAUAAUGUAUCAGUUCCUUUAGUCCUUAAACUACCCAUUAGAGUUAACUCAAAGGAUGAAUACAAAAUCCGUGCUAAAAAUCAACGAUGCAAAUUGGGAAGCUGGCAACCUUUUGCAGAUACUACAUAUUUGUCAAUUAUUUAUGACCUCUGUUCUAUAGUGGUGCACUCUGGCAUAUCUUCCGAAAGUGGGCAUUACUAUUGCUAUGCCAGCGACUGUGUGGAUGCUAACUCUGUAAUUGGUCUAAAUGAAAUUUGGAAUGGCGAAGGUGGAGAUGAUGACCGAUGGUAUUUGUACAAUGACACCAGGGUUUCAUUUUCCUCAUUCGAAUCCAUCAGCAAUGUUACAAAUUACUUUCCCAAAGACACUGCAUAUGUAUUAUUCUAUAGACAGCGAUUAACAAGACAGCCUUGCCCUGAUGGUGAACCUGUUUCAGCUGAUAUGGGACUGUAUGGCGAAGUAGGAUUAAGCAAUGAGCUGAUGGAAGCCAUCUCCAGGGACAACCUUCAGUAUCUACAGGAAGAGGACAAAUAAGCAAGGAACGGAACUGAAUCUACAAUCCCUGUUACUGCACCAUGGUGGAGACGUUUUGCUGACGAUGAAAAUGGAGGUUCUUCUGGAAGUUGUGGUCCAACUGCUGGAGCAGGAAGUGAUUUGGGGUCAUUUGAUUUUCUAAGUGCAGUUAAAGCCUACUUCAUCCCCUCUACCUCGGUUGCAUUAUAUACUUUGUAAAGGUUGCACAACUUAAUCUAUUGUAGGGGUUAAUGGGGAUUUCUCUUUUGGGUUGUCAAGAAACUUGCCUGUUACUUGGUAAAUUUUUGGAUUGUUGGGGAAGUAGCAAUGGACAUUUUCGUCCAAGUGCUGUAAAGAUAUAAAAUGCAUUUCAACUAUGAAGUAUAAAUAAAAUUCAACACAUUUGUAAA